UGCGCUCUGUGUUAAUCCGCGUUCUACAACUGCACUAUGAAGACAAUCUACGUGCAGAUAAUAUUUGUAUAACGUGUGUGAUCCACUAGAAUAAUCGUAAAAAAAGUUGGUAAAAUCGAACAUCGCUCAACCCAGGCGUUAAAUAGCCUUAUGAUUGUGAUAGCUACCACAAAAAUUUCUGCGUUCCGUGAACUUACCGCUGCAGGGUAAAAGUCCAGCCGUUUAGUGAACGCAACUAUCGGAUAUUUACGACAGUUCCUACAACUCUUCAGUUAUCAUUGCUGUUACAACUGAACAUAGGUAAUCAGUGCAGUGUAAAUACAUCUACGCUCGCCCUCGACUACAGCUGUCUUCAAUGCCGCCCUAGCGUCUUGUUGUUUUGUUCUGUUAUCAUCUUUGCGGUUAGUGAGGUUAACUGGCAUGCAUCUACGGCCAUCAUGGACUUCCUGGCGUCCGUUGUGUCUUUAAUUGUAACUGGAUUAGCUCCACCCCACCGCGUCCGAAGAGGCACAACGCCGACAAUGAUGUCACAAUCAAUGGCGAGUUGUGUUCAAUUCGUAACCCGGCUAUUGGCUCUUGCAGUCACCCUUGCGAUGUCCAGAGCACGAGCUACUACGCUUCUUGACACAAAGGCGUCGAUCAUUUAUACGGCCGUGGUUCGCGGUAAGGUGGCGCUUCCAUGCAACAUCGAGCCACCUGCGAAAGACGAUGAGGUCGUGUUAGUUCUAUGGUAUAAGGACGAGACGCCUGCGCCUAUUUUCACGCUUGACGCACGGAAAGCCAAUCUCGAUAGGGCGAAACAAGCCGCCUUGUCUGAACUUGGCAGUCGAGCCUAUUUCAAUAUGGCCAAUCGCCCUGCAUUCCUUCAACUCGAUCCUGUUAAGGAAGAGGACGCUGGAGAGUAUCGGUGUCGGGUUGACUUUAAGAAAGCUCGUUCUAUUAAUACUGUCAUCAACCUUCGCGUUAUCGUUCCUCCGGGUGAGCCGAUUAUCGUCGACGGUGACAGCAAACGGCUACGUGGCCUGGUCGGCCCGUACAACGAAGGCGAACCCCUUAAACUUACCUGUCAAGCAGAACACGGUAAACCUCGUCCGGCAGUUACUUGGUGGAAAGAUUAUAGAUUGCUCGACGACUCAUAUGUAUUCGACCAAGAUGGAGCUGUUGUCAAGAACGACCUCGAGAUUAAGGCACUUACCCGCAAUGACCUUCUAGCCGUUCUGGUUUGUCAGGCGUCUAAUAAUAAUAUCACCGUGCCUACCCCUAGCCAAAUUACACUGGACCUUAAUUUGAAACCAUUGGAUGUAACUAUACAGCCGGUGGAGCGGCCGCUGUCAGCCAACAAAGAAGUUGAGCUCGUAUGUACAUCCACAGGCUCACGGCCGCCGGCAACGCUUUCCUGGUGGAAAGGAAACCAGCAGAUUAGAACGACUCGUGAGGAGGACUCAAAAGGAGGCCUAUCUACUAGCACAAGUAUUCUUACAUUUACGCCCGGCAUUGAAGAUAACAACCGUAUUCUCGCCUGCAGAGCAGAGAACAAGGCUAUUCCCGGAAGCGCUCUCGAGCAAGCGUGGAAACUUGACGUGCAUUAUGCACCUCGAGCAAGUCUUCAGCUUGGUGGCAGUCUAAAGGCAGAUGAAAUCCAGGAGGGAAAGGACGUGUACCUCGAUUGUAAGGUGCAGUCUAAUCCGUACACCAAUGACGUCGGAUGGAUGUUCAAUGGUGUGGAAUUGGCGUCAAACCAGAGCUCCGGGAUGAUCGUCUCGAGUCAGUCGUUGGUCCUGCAAAGGGUAACACGAGCCCAUAGAGGCAAAUAUGCGUGUCACGCCACAAAUAAGGAAGGCAAGGGUGUGUCCGCUCAGUUCAACCUUAGGGUUAAGUUCGCUCCGGUUUGCAAGGAGCCGCAACGUUUUGUGUAUGGUGUAUCGAAGCACGAAAGCGUUGCGAUCCACUGCCAGGUAGACUCGGAUCCGCAGCAGGUAUCGUUUAGGUGGGCCUUCAACGCCAGCGACGGAAAGCUUAAAGAGAUCACUGAGGGUUUCACUACCUCAUCAGGUGGCCGUAGUACCCUGGUAUAUCGGCCCCUCUCCGACGAUGACUAUGGGCAACUGUCAUGCUGGGCGACCAAUUCCGUUGGCAUUCAGAGGCAGCCUUGCGCUUACACUAUUAUUACAGCCGGUCCGCCCGACGCGGUACAGAACUGUACGCAGGUGAACGCCACGGAAGACGGCAUGGCCAUCGAGUGCUCAGAAGGUCUCUGGGACGGAGGACUUUCAAAUCCAGUAUUUGUUGCUGAAGUAUACGAAGCCGACGCCGGCGCGGGACGGGGGCCAAUAUCUAACGUUACCACACACGGUCUGCCCUUGUUUGUAAUCCGCGGUAUACCAGGUGGCGCCAGUUUUCGCGUAAUUAUUACCGCGAGUAACGCCAAAGGUCGAAGUCCGCAAUUUGUCGUUAUGGCGCAGACGCCUCGUCCAGCUGAAAAGUACAUAGCGGAUGGCUCCACUAUGAUUCUUGCGGUCCGCCCGCUAAUCGGCAUCAUCGUCGGAGUGGUGAUUACACUGACCGUAGCCGCUGUGGGCCUUGUGGUAGCACUUCGAUGUCGCGCUAACAGUAGCAGUCGACAGAGUAAAUUAUCAACACACACCAAUGAAAAGGACAGCGUAGGUGGUGGACCAGAUGAGAAGCCGUUAGCCGUUCUAUUGAAGAAGGACCCUCUUGCGAUGGGCGAGGAACUCGAAUUAGAUUGCAAAGGGCCAGACAUUAUUCCCAUAAGAGGAGAUCCCACGGCGACCCUCAGUAAGAAGGGCCUCUCAGGUAACAACUGCCACUAUGUAAAUCUGGAGCGGUCCGGAAAGGGUCUACAGGUAGAUUCGCGGUACUCAACGUUACUAGCUGGCCGGUCAGAAGGGGUAGACUCUAGCCAGGCCAUUUUGACCACACAAUUGGCCCAAGACAUAUUACUGGGCAACAGCGGUUUGGGAACAACUGUUGAUCCGUCUCAGGCGAGUAGUGUAACAGCGGAUUAUUCGGAGUUAGUGUUUGCCCGGAGCGUCGUUGCUCUUUCACCUCCAGGCCACCCCGACCCGCUUGGGCCUCCAGUGGCCCCUACACAGCCGUUGCCCCCUGUCGGCGGGACGCUCGGACGUCGGGGGCACACGGCCGGUAGUGGAGGGAAAGUCCCACCAACCGAGUUCGCCCGAAUUGAUUUUCACCGGACGCUACGGCCAGUGCCCGGGCAGCAUCUCUUCGCUGCCACAGAGGACCACUCGACGUACCCAACCGUCGGAGACAUCGACCCCAGUUUGGCUACCGAAGCUAACAGCGGCAUAGAAUCCACUGUAUAAUAUUAACGACAACAAUAAAAAUAGUAACACAAUGGAAAACAACAACCAGAGAACGCUGAUAAUGAUAAGAAAAUAAUAACGUAAUAAAAAUGUUAUUGUCAUCGAUCGUAUCAUCACAAAGACAUACGUCUUGGAGACACAGAUAGUCAGACAAACACAGGCCGCGUAUAUAAUACGGGGCAAUGGAAAUUUUUCUCCCCCAGUUCGCUGCAAUGAAACACUUCUAAAAGUAUAGGUCACUACAGAAACGUAUGUCCUCGAGAUCUGAUUUGCAUGAACAUUGCACUAGCGUUAAAGAAAGUCUCAGCCUCCCUGACAGGAUUUGCUGCCAUUUUUCCGGUGAGGCUUGUUUCAAUUUCCGAUCCUCACUGGGAAUUAGGCAGAGGAAUGACAGAAAAGUAAUAUUUCCCUUCACAUGAAAAGCUGGGAAUAGGCCAACAAAAUAGAUAUAAUAGGUCAAAAAAGUAAACAAACUGUGGCGCCGGACAUAAACUCGGUCGCACAAAAACUCUACGUAUGUAAACUAUACGUCGUCUACCUAUUUGGGGUAGAUAAACAGUUCAUAUCACGGAAAAUAGCUGACACGGAGCAAAAUCUAUAGUUUAAUUCAAAUUACCUUCUGUCAAAUUAACACUAUACAUGUAUACAUAUAUUUAUAUACAUAUACUGGAAGACUAACUGUCUUUCCGACAAUAACUCCGAUGGCUUUAGUAAACAAAGUAAGGAAAAAAAUACAAUACCGAACGUAUAAACUGAGGCAGAGAAAAAGGGAAGAAGGAAACGAAAAUAGUCACCACACCAUUUCGAACGCAGUUGUUGAUUGAGUCUCCUUUUUGAACAAGCUAACCGGAAUAGGAGCUGAAUUCCCAUAUUGAUUCGUCAUUCGUUACCGCUUCGGUCUAUGAAUCACGAUAACACUAUCCAGUAAUUAACAUUAAAUUACAAAUCUCUAUAUAUAUGAAUAGUGAAAAUGCGAGCUGCAACUAAUUUCCUGGCUUCUUGUAAACAAGUGCUUAGUUCCUUUCUUAAAAACACGUUGAUCAUUCUGCAGUCCUGUUUGUGCGUCUUAUGACCUCUCGACCGUCUCAUGCGACCGUUAUAUCUUCCAGUCCAUUAGCUAAAGCGAAACCCGACAGGGUUCAAUUCCGAACUAGCGAUCGAGUGAAGCCAUUCCCCUCGUCAACUACCCAUUCUCAAUCAGCCCCCAUAUGCUAUUGUAUAAAAAAAAGUAGCAUAACAGAACUGUGAUUUUGAUCGUAAAUUAAGCUUAAUCUUCAGUGAGUUAUUUAUGAAAAGAGGAGACGCCAAUCGCGACAACGUUGAAUUUGUGCGCAGCGCUUAGCUGAAACCCAAAAGUCUGGGUAACAACAAUACAUAAACGGAUUCCCCUUUAUUUUUUUCGCGGUGGCAUGCAUAAUCAACUUUGAACGCAUAAUAUGCGCAUGUACGCUUCGCAAUCAGAUCAUGCAGCACAUGCAUCAAGGUGUGGAUUACUUGAAGCUAUUAACUUCACGCGUUUAAGCCAAACUUUGCAAAUAUUUUCUUGUAUAUGCGUAAGGCUUCCCUAGACUAUAGUAGCAAUUAUUUUCUUUCUUAUGGUCGUCAAUACUGUUGCGUUAGCGGAAACAAUCUAUUAAAAUUGCCACGUAAGCUGGAAGCAUGAAAACUAGAUCGAGGUUAAAGCCUAAAUUCUCUUCCAAUUGUCUGUCCCCUAACGCAAAUACCCUCUUUUCAGGGUGCUGAUCAUUGCAUUAUUAAUGUGACAGGCCUGAUACAGUCCCUGGAGAGCUCGUAAAAUAAGUUUUUAUGCAAGUGGGCGUACGGUCAAAGCACUUGCCUCAUUAUUGUGAUAAGAUAUAGUAGACGCGACAAUGCUGACUGCAUUUUGCUAUCUCCUUUUACCGGUUAUAAGCGCAUUUCGUUUUUGUGUCUUUUGGUUUUACGGGCCCGCUACCUAAGGUCCCUUUACUCACGGCACGCUAACCUUCUCGAUUGAUUUUGUCCUUUCUGUCUAAAAAGUCCCAGAUCCGUGUAGGGCGAAGGACGUCGGUUUCAUUGGCAUGUCAGAGUUCCAUUAGCAUGUGCCUCAUAAAGGGGAAGGUUCGCAUCGGGUGUCACUCAAACACCCUAUCGUUGUUAUGUCGUCUUUUGGAUUAAGGCAAAAGCUGCGCAGAGGCCGUUGACGCGUUGGUAAAUCGGUUCAAUCUACCUCAGUAAUAACGGUGAUAGAAUAUCGUUCGUGUUCUAAAUGUGUGUGGACAAUGACUCCGUAAUAAUUGCCGCGCUAAUAUCGCACAUAGAUAUGGCAUCAGUCUCUUCUCUUCCUAUAUACUCUUCCCCUAUCCAGCAUACUGUCGUACUUGUAGUUUUUACUUCAUUGCCCGUUGGCGUUAACUCCUUGGAGUGCUGUCGCUGAAUGCUGUUGCACCACGCAAACGAUACGUCGUCAUCCAAGUAGCUAACUAACUGGCUGGAACGAAAAUACAAGCGGAUAUGUACAGGCAGCAUAAAUAAUAUUACAUAUAUAGAUAGAGAGACUGGGAAAAACGAGCCCUUUUGUAUAUUACAAGUGUAAAUAAAAUUCCUUCUAAAUCUUUAAAGUUCAAAUAGAUCAAUAAAAUGUUUCAAUGUCUGAGCGCGCGUAAAGCAAAAACAAAGUGAAAGGUUGAGUAUGAUCAAGGGCAAAUGUUUGACAGUCUGUAGACGAGAGACUGUGCGAGUGCGAGGAUCGUUUCAGACGAAGUGCGAAAUCUAGAAAAAGGCUAAAAAUAUUGUGGAUAAAAAAAUACAAAACACAGGUAGAUAAUAGCAUGAUUUUGUUCUGUGAAUGACAACAAUUCUGAUCAUUUGAGCUGAGAUUAAACAGAGUCAGAGAGAAGAAGCUGGGAAAAUACAUCUAGAAAAUAGGCGGAUGCCAGAAGCAGUAUACGCAGUGUCGGCAACGGCACGACUGGGUAAAUCGUAUCCUCUCACAAUAACCUGGGCGGACGAGAUUUAAGAAUACAACACAAACUGAACCUCUAAGGCUAUACGAUUGCAACCGGAAAUCCAGGUAAAAGCUAAGCUUAUACUAGAAACAUAAGAAAAAAAAAAACCUAAUUUGCAAGGCCUGGUUGGAAGGGACUACUGCGACCGUAAAAGGCAAGAAACACAACGAAAAAAAAAUGAAUGCUAAAUAAAAAAUUCGUAAUCGAUUUAUAUACACAUCGUAAAACGAUGAUGAUGUAUUUCGUGGCGAUGAAUUAAACAUAUGAUUAUAAUUAGUAUAAUUAUACGUGUGAUAUUGUUGGCGUUGUUGAGUUUUCCCCUAGUACCGUGCAUAUAAACAAAAUAUAGAAGCAUGCACACAUUUUGUGGUAUUAGUGAAUAUAAUGGAAAAUAAUAUAACGGUCUGAACAUAUUCAAGUUCCUUCCUAGAAUCAACUUGAAUAGAUACUGAUAGUAAAUCGAUUUCGAUUAUCGCGAGAAUGGUAGCGAUAGGCAACAUGGCGAUACUACGCAUGGAUAUCCCGACACUGGAAUUACUGCUAUAGAUUGAUCACUACAUAACUCAGCUGAAACCAUAGAAAAUGUGCAUGCAAAAAAAAUUAGACAAGAUGCAAUCAUUUUAGCUGAUUACUGGUAUAAAAUUCUAAGAGAACGAUUAUAUUGAACCAAGACGAUGACGAAUUACAGAUACAGACACACAGACCGAAAUGCUGAAAAAGCGAACGCAAGACCACCACCCUCUUGAUAUAUAUAUAUCUGAAUACUGUAAUUAAUUGUAAUAUAAUAGUGUAAAUGUUAUUUUCUAAAUCUCGAGUCAAAAUGCUGUACAUUGUGAUCCAACCAUAAACUGCUGUACAUGUUAUGAAAAAUAUAACUA